AUGUCUUUGGUUCCUCUCAGGGAAGAAAAAUCUGAGGACCAGAAUCUGCAGGGCCUCAAGGACAAGCCCCUGAAGACCAAAAAGGUGAAAAAGGAGAAGCAGCGGGAGGCGGAGCCGGCUGAGGCGGGCAAGGCUGAGACGUCUGAAGGAGCUGGGGCUGCCCCGGCCGCCCCCCAGGCCUCAGCCUCUCCCAAGCAACGCCGCUCCAUCAUCCGAGACCGUGGCCCCAUGUACGACGACCCCACGCUGCCCGAGGGCUGGACGCGCAAGCUCAAGCAGAGGAAGUCUGGCCGCUCGGCAGGGAAGUACGACGUCUACCUGAUCAACCCCCAGGGCAAGGCCUUCCGCUCCAAGGUGGAGCUCAUUGCCUACUUCGAAAAGGUAGGAGACACCUCCCUGGACCCCAACGAUUUCGACUUCACGGUGACGGGCCGGGGCAGUCCCUCGCGGCGUGAGCAGAGGCCCCCCAAGAAGGCCAAAGCCCAGGCAGGAGCCGGGACAGGGCGUGGGCGGGGCAGGCCCAAGGGCAGCGGCUCAGCCCGGCCCCCGGCCACCGCAUCGGAGGGCGUGCAGGUCAAGCGGGUGAUCGAGGAAAGCUGCGGGCCCGUGUUGUGUGUGUGA